AGGGGGCGGGGGAGGGGCGCGGCGGCGGCGGCGCUAUAACCCCCUCCCCGCCGCCGGCCGGCUCCACACGCGCGCCCUGCGGAGCCCGCACAACUCCGGCGAGCCGGGCCUGCCCGCGCCGCCUCCUCCUCCUGCUCCUCUCCCCGGCGGCGGCUCCGUUUCGGCCCGGCGCCCGCCCUCAGGCCGGCGCGGCGAGGCCCCAGGCGGGCGGCGGCUACCAGGCGGCACGGCCGCGGGCGCUGCCCGGCUCCGGCCGGCGGAGGGCGGAGCGCGGCGCCAGAGCCGAGGGCACGCCGCGGAGGGGCGCACGCAGGCCGCCGGGCCGCGCUGUGCUGGGCCGCGCCGUGCCCGGCCGGGCGGCGGCUGCGAGAGGAGGCCGGGGGCGAGCGCGGGGCCGGCGGUGGGCACGCAGGGCCGCCCGCAGCCCGCAGGGAGAGCGCGAGCCCGCGGCCGGGGCCCGGCCGGGCGUCCAGACAGGUGAUGGGUGGUGCGGCGGCGGCAGCUCCAGCCUCGCUCCGGGGUCCCUCUCGGGGCUGACGCCCGCAAAUAUGCAGAAUUACCGGCCGGGUCGCUCCUAAAGCCAGCGCCGGGGAGCGAGCGCGGCGGCGGCCAGCACCGGGAACGCACCAAGGAAGAGGCCCAGCCCCCGCCCUCCGCCCCUUCCGUCCCCACCCCCUACCCGGCGGCCCAGGAGGCUCCCGGCGCGGCGGGCGCGGCGAGCGCGCACUCCCUGCUCCUCCUCCUCCUCGCUGGCGCUGCCUGCCUCUCCGCACUCGCUGCUCGCGCCGGGCGCGCUCCGCCGGCUCGCUGCUCUCCGCGCCACCCUCCUCCGGGCCGCGCUCCCUGAGGGAUGGUACUGAAUUUCGCCGCCACAGGAGCCCGGCUGGAGCGCCCGCCCCGCGGCCUCGCCUCCCCGCCGAGCCGCCAGCGCCUCGGGACGCGAUGAGGACCUGGGCUUGCCUGCUACUCCUCGGCUGCGGAUAUCUCGCCCAUGCCCUGGCCGAGGACGCCGAGAUCCCCCGCGAGGUGAUUGAGAGGCUGGCGUACAGUCAGAUCCACAGCAUCCGGGACCUCCAGCGACUCCUGGAGAUAGACUCCGUAGGGGCCGAGGAUGCUCUGGAAACGAGUGUGAGAGCCCAUGCAGGCCGGGCCCCCAAGCAUGCACCUGAGCAGCGGCCCGUGCCCAUCCGGAGGAAAAGAAGCAUUGGUGGCCAAGGUGGAGUACGUCAGGAAGAAGCCAAAGUUAAAGGAAGUGCAGGUGCGGCUGGAGGAGCAUCUGGAAUGCACGUGCACCGCUGGAGGGCCAAACCCCGACCACCGGGAGGAGGAGACGGAUGUGAGGUGAGGAUAAGCCAGCAGCCCUUUUCCGGGACACGGAUGUACAUGGCGUGUUACAUUCCUGAACCUACUAUGUACGGUGCUCAUUGCCAGCGUGCGGUCUUUGUUCUCCUCCGUGAAAAACUGUCUCCAUGCACACUCGGGAGAACAAAGAGACAGUAUACAUUUGUUUAAUGUGACAUCAAAGCAAGUAUUGUAGCACUCGGUGAAACAAUAAGAAGCUUCCUUGUCAAAAAAAAAAGAGAGAGAGAGAGAGACAGAGCAAACAGAACCACAAAACAUGACAAACAAAACUGACUCACAAAAAUAUCUAAACAGUUGUCGGAAUGGAGGGACACCCCGUGGGAUGGAAGCGACGUGCCUCGGCUGACCGGAUUUCUGUCCAGGGUCACAGGUGCUUCUGCCAGGGACACAGCCUGCUUUCUGGAGGAUUCCGGGCGGGGGCCGAGGGCCCUGCGGGGCACGCGGGAGCAGGGAUGUCCCAGAACUGCCACGGGACUUAGAAACACAUCUCCUUGCUGUAGUGUUUAAGUCUAUACAGAAACCUUCCCGAGAGCCUUAAGUGGAUUUUUUUUUUUUUUUUUUUUUACACCAUAAAGUGAUUAUUAAGCUUUCCUUUUUACUCUUUGGCUAGCCUUUUUUUUUUUUUUUUUUUUUUUUUUAAUUAUCUCUUGGAUGACAUUUACACCGAUAACACCAGGCUGCUGUAAGUCAGGACAGUGGGACCGUAUCUCCCCUCGCAGGAUGCGAACAAAUGAGAUGUAUUAAAAUAAACAUGGUAUAUCCACCUAUGCAUCACCUCCUAAAUGUUUCUGGCUUUACGUGUUUGUCCCCUGCCCCCACUUUAUCUUGCCUUUUAAUUUAAGCCAUUUCGAGAGAACUAUGCGUGAACCAAUCGAGUCCGUCCCGGGCCUGCCGCUCCCAGUCCUCGCCUUGGCGAGGUGGCCCUGUGCCAGUGUUUGGACAGAAUCUGAAUUCUUUAUUUUUGGUAAGAUGUUACGCUUUACAUGUAUUCAACAGAAAUGUGUGUGUGUGUUGUGUUUUUGUUUUUGUUUUGUAAAGGUGAAGUUUGUAUUUUUAUCUAAUAUUACCAGUUUUGUAUACCUGA